AUGGCUGGCACAGAUAUGGAAAUGGCAGGCGUAAAGCGGCCGGGAAUCGACAUAGAAAGCCUCAAGCGCAAGAAGUUCAAAGCUUCAGAUUUGCCUUUAUCAGCUGCGCAGCGAACAUCGAUCGACAGCCUUCUAUAUGCGUUUAAGAAGAAGGGUGGUUUUGACUCCGUUCGAAAGAAAAUAUGGGCGGAAUUUAGCGAGAGUGAAGCUAAAAAUUCACUUAUAUCUUCGUUGGUUGAAAUGGCCGAAUCUGAAAUUGAUCGAGAUCCGUCUUUGUUGUCCAGGGAAAGAGGAAAAGCUGCAACUCUAAUAGAGGGCGCUGUCGAUCGGAGUGAUCUUUAUAAAAGUGUUGAAGAGGCCAUUGACGCGAUAACUUCUAACCAUUUGGACUAUAUCCUUGAAUCCCUUCGCAUUAUUCGUCGCCAAGAAGUUGGAGAAGAAAUGGCUGCACUAGAGGAAGAGAGAGGAAGUAAGGCGGACGAAUACUAUGAACGCGAAGUCAAGACUAGGCGCAAGGAAAGAGAAAUAGCAUGGCUGAAAGAGCUGGAGAAACAGAAACAACUUGAAAUCGAAGAGGCGAAGGCUAGAGCAGAAGAGUUACGGAAACAACGAGAACUUGAUAAGCAGAAGGAAGAAGAGGAGCGAAAGAAGAAGCUAGAGUUGGAAGAAAAAAGGCGAGCGGAGAGGGAAAAGCUUCGAGAAGAAAGACGUCUUCUGGAAGAACAGAGAGAGAAGGAGAGGGAAGAGCGCUAUGAACGAAGAAGGCGGGAGCGGGAGAAGGAAAGAGAAGAGGAGCGGGAGAAAAAUCGUGAUCGUGAUCGUGGACGGGAUAGGGAUUGGGAUACUAGGCUCCAACGAUCGCCUCGACGCUCCCGACAACGUUCCGCCACCCCGAAAGCACCUUCUCCAACACUUGUUGACGAGAAAUCGCUGGAGGACGCUGCUUUGGAAUUACUUCUAAAAGAGGGGAAAGAAUUAGCAGAAAAGUCGCGACAGAAACCCGAGUUCGAUUUUGAACAGGCCGAAGCCCUUGAAAAUGCGCAACUGCAGCAACCUCAGCCUCAGCCGCAAAUUCAACCCCAACAACGUUCACGCCAGCCAUCAAUCGCAGACACUAAGGCUCUUCGGUCAGAUCAGACUCGUUCACGAGCUACCCAUUCUCGGCUAAAGAACGAGGUGUCUCCUCCCCCUGAGCCAUCAAAAUCCAGCGUCAAGUUGAGCGAUGAUCGUCGUGAUAAGGAUCGGGAUCGAGACCGAGACCGCGACCGCGGCCGAGACCGUGACCGACACAAAGACGAACGAAGUAGGUCAAGAACCUGGCGAUCUUCACGAUAUGAUGAUAGAGAUCGUGAAAUGGACUUGUACAGACCUUCAACGCGGAGCAAAUUGGAAAGAGAUAUGCAUUCUUGCGGAGGAAGCAAGAAUCACAGCAGGAGCCGUAGCAGAUCUACUGCGCGAAGCCGUGAGAUAGUAAGACAUAGGGAACGGGAUAGAGAACGGGAUAGAGAACGAGACAGAGAACGGGACAGGGAACGGGACAGAGAACGGGAGAAGGAACGGGACAGAGAGCGGGACAGAGAGCGGGACAGGGAGCGGGACAGAGAGCGGGACAGAGAGCGGGACAGAGAUAGAGACAGAGAUAGAGGAAGGGAUAGGGACCGGGAUAGGGAUGACCGUCGUUAUCGUCCAAGAGAUUAUUCACGAGGCCGCACGCGGUCGCAGUCAGCCAGGCGACGUCACCGCUCUCGAUCCGGCUCACGCAACCACAGAGACACUGAUGGCGGUCGGGAUCGGGAGCGGGAGCGGGAGAAGUCUUUCUCGCGCACUGGUCGACGAUCUAGGUCUCGGAGCCCACCUGAUAUUGAUCGCUACGUACCUCCUACUAGCAACCGUAGUCGGACACCGACCAGGCGACGGGCAAGGACGCCAGAUCGAGAUAGAGAUCGAGACCGGGAGAAGGAGGAUCGACUUAAACUCCAAGAGAUUGAUAGAUACAUGCCUGGAGGUUCUGGUGCUGCUCCUUCUGUAGUUAGUACUGACAAGGAUGAUAGGAGGAGUAGACGGAGGAGCCGGAGUAGAUAA